CCUCCCCUGGAAAUGCAAGACGUCCUCGCUUCUUGACCCCCCAAAAAGCCAUCCAAUCCCAGGCCGUCAUCUUCUUCGUCUUCAUCUCUCUCGCUCUCCUCUGACUGAAAGGAGCGGAGAGCACUUGCUGGACGAGGUUUAUCGAACCUGGUAGGAUCUAUCCAUAAUUUUUUCCCCCACUGCUACACCGAGGUGGAUUUCGGAAAGGAUUGAUUGACUCUUCAGGAACAAAGCAGGAGAAACAAACUGAAGGGAUAUAGAGACAUUUGGGUAACGAAAGUCGUUCAGUCUUUUGCUGAAUUGUUUUGAGUUUUGUACAUUUUGUCACUUUAAUUUUUUUGUGAACUAUAUAUACGAUGAUGCUGAAAUGGUGUUAUUGAAAUAUUGAUUGGUGUGAACAAAACCAGUGAAAUUGAGGGAAUUUAAAAGUGGCUUUACUGAACUCAAAUUAGAUUUACUAUUGUUUUCGAAUUACUUACCCGUAUUGAAUAUUAUUCAAACAACACAAAGUGAGGGAACUAAACCGAUUGAACCUUAGAAUUAAUAAAACAACCCGGGUUUUAAAUUGAAGUUCUUUGAACUGAAAAGUUUACUGAAAGGAAACUUAUUUUCUUCAACUAACUAGACUUGUAUGUCUAUUGUUGUAAAUUGUAUGUCAACUAUUUUCCUUUAUUUUUCUCUUCUAAAAUAAGCCGGCAGUUCAAUUCAAACCUUGGUCUGUGGUCAUUUAUUUUGCUUAUUCUAUCACCACUACAAAUAUAGCCGAACUUAGAAUUGGUCCAUGAUCUAAAUUACUGUAAGCACUGUCCAAAACAAUAUAGGUGUUACAGAAGUGGCGAGCCAGGAGUGGUGGUUAAUUCAAAUAAUAUUACCUGACCCAGACCUUAAAAUAGACCAAGCCGGAAAAAAAAUGGAGGUCAUUGAUAAAGAAAAUAUUAAAACCCCAAACUCAGUUAUAUUUAGUGGGCUCACUGACACUGAUGUUGAUGAAGAAUUAACUGACUUCCUGAUUAGGUACGGACAGAUUGCUAGAACAAUUUAAAUAGAUGAACCCCAGUCUUCCUACCACAGAAAUGCCAUUGUGGAAUAUGAGAGCGGCGCUGCCUUGACCGCACUUGAACCUUUACUGCCCCAUACACUUGAAUGCUCCAAUGAAGUCUCUUACCACAUCAGAGCUCUGUCAACUGAGUAUUUAUCAACUGUUAUGAACAGCGCCACCCACAGCUCUUUCAGUGAACUGCAGAAAAUUGCCAGAAUAAGCGGCAAAUCUUUCGAAGAUGUUUUGCAUGAACACCUUUCCAAAUGUGCUCAGUCGAUUGUAAGCAACCCAAAAACACCCGAAGAUAUGAAUUCCGUCUCAGAGAACCAAAAUGAGCCAACAACCACUGUUGAAAGACCACCAAAAGUCACUGACCAAUGUCAAGAUGAAACUAUGAAACCAAUUAAUCCGAAUAUAAGCUUCAGUUCUCCUGUAACAGUUAACCAACCACAAAGUGACCAACCAUCUCACAUACCAGCACGCUUUUUAACUCCUCCAGAGGUUCAAAAGGUUGUUGUGGAACACACAGUGCGAAGUGAAGCUCCUGUCUCACCGAUAAAUUCUUCUUUCCGCCUCAGACAGUUUUCAGGUAAAAUACCUUAUCCCAGUCACGAGGUUGAUUUUGAUACAUGGCGUCACAGUGUUGAGCUCAUACUGCAAGAUCCUGAUUUAUCUGAUUUGCAUCGUUCACGGAAGAUCUUAGACAGUCUUGUAUCACCUGCUGCAAAUUUGGUGAAACCUCUUGGGCCUAAUGCCUUACCAUCUGCCUAUCUUGAACUGCUGAACUCAGCUUUUGGCACAGUGGAAGACGGCGAUGAGCUCUUUGCCAUAUUUCUCAACACAUUUCAAGACCCAAGUGAAAAGCCUUCACACUAUCUCCAUCGUUUGCAAACAGCGCUAUCCAAAUCCUUGAACAGAGGUGGAGUAGUAGCCGGUGAAGCUGACCGACACCUUCUGCGUCAAUUCUGCCGCGGCUGUUGCAAUAAUGCCCUGUUAACAGAUCUUCAGCUUGGAAAAUUGAAAGACAAACCACCUACAUUCACUAAUCUACUUCUACAGUUGAGAGUAGAAGAAGACAACCAUAUUGCAAAGGAAAGUAGGAUGAAACAACAUUUUGCUGCAACCAGACCAAAAGUAACAGCACAGUCUAUUGCUGCUAGCGCGAACAUCUCAGAUCCUCCAAUGCAAACUGAUCUUGCUGAAAUGCAAAACCAGAUAGCUGAACUACAAACUCAACUGACACAACUGAAACUUAAAAAGGGACAACCAACGGAAAUUCCACAAAAUGACAUCUUCAAAGAAAUGAGAGCACAAAUCGCUGAACUCCAGAGCCACAUCACUAAGCUACAGCCACAAAGAAGCAAGAAAAGACUUAAUCAACCAUCAGCUAAUACCAAGACAAACCCUGAACACAAAGUACCCGAACAAGCUCUCUUGCCACCUCAAGCUGCAAGUAAAAGAUCAAAGCCUUGGUACUGCUUCCAGUGCGGUGAAGAUGGUCACAUCAUCUCGACAUGUACCAGUGAGCCAAACCCAUCCUUAGUUGCAAAAAAAAAGAAACAGUUGAGAGAGAAACAGUCACUGUGGGAUAAGCAAAACAACCAGACCCCACCUUUAAACUAAAAGUAGCACUCAUGGCGGGACAAAUGGGUGCUGAAACGGAAACUAGUCCCACUGAACAUUCACAAAAAGCCAAAAGACAAUUCUUCCACAACCGCUUCACCACUGUGAAAAUUCCUAAAGGUCUGAUUGGAGCUAAAUACACUGCUCAAGUACAAAUCAAUGGACACGCUUGCCAUUGUCUUCUUGAUACCGGAUCGCAAGUGACCACCGUGUCCCAGUCUUUCUACAAAAGCUAUCUCUCACACCUGACAAUCCAUCCAAUACAAGAUCUGUUGGAAGUUGAAGCUGCAAAUGGUGAAAAUGUUCCCUAUUCAGGCUACAUUGGUGUUGAUAUCACUUUUCCAAAAGACUGUUUUGGAACUGAACUCACUGUGUCCUCUCUUGCAUUAAUUGUUCCAGACACACGCUCUAGUGUCCAGUCUUCUCUCCUGAUUGGCACUAACACGCUUGACCCUCUUUUUGAAAACCUUCCCUUGACUGAUACAGAUCUCCGUGUCCUCCCACAUGGUUACAGAGUGGUCUUGAGCGUGUUACAACAGAGACACAAAAUGAAAGAUGACGGCAGUCUUGGUCUUGUCACACUGUCGGGAAAAGAACCUGAAUUACUUCCUGCUGGUCGAGUUUUGGAGGGAGUAGUCCAUGUAAACACUGCAACGCCAGGGAAGUGGAUAGUGGUCGAGUCACCUUCCUCAUCCUCCUUGCCUGGUGGUGUCGUAGUCACCAAUUGUUUACUUACCCUUCCGGAAAACCGCUCACAAAAGCUUGCAGUUGUCCUAAGGAAUUAAGGUGAACAUGACAUAAGUAUUCCUGCAAAAAGUGUCAUUGCAGAAAUUCAUGCUGUGCAAGAAGUGAUGCAAACCAAGCAGAAAUCCAACUUGAAGUCCACAGAGCUAAAUUUAAAUUUCUCUGAUUCUCCAAUUUCUGCUGAAUGGAAGGAGCGAAUCAUACAGAAGCUGAGUGCUAUGCCAGAAGUAUUUGCACGACAUGACACAGAUUUCGGUUGCACGAACAAAGUCAAGCACCAAAUCAAACUAAGUGACGAAACCCCUUUCAAGCACAGACCCCAACUAAUACGACCACAAGACAUCGAUGCAAUGCGUCAGCACUUGCAAGAGCUGAUGGAAACAGGAAUAAUCCGCGAGUCUGAAUCACCAUUUUCCUCGCCAAUAGUUGUGGUAAGGAAGAAAAACGGGGAUAUAAGACUUUGUGUCGAUUACCGGAAGCUGAAUUUAAACACGAUCAAAGACGCCUAUGCACUUCCUAAUUUGGAAGAAACCUUUUCUGCACUCACAGGAUCGAAAUGGUUUUCGGUCCUUGAUCUCCAGAGCGGAUACUACCAAAUCGAAGUCGAUGAGACAGACAAGCACAAGACAGCCUUUACAUGCCCGAUGGGAUUUUUUUAAUUUAACAGGAUGCCUCAGGGUGUUACAAAUGCGCCCAGCACAUUCCAAAGGCUGAUGGAGAAAUGCAUGGGUGACAUCAAUCUGAAAGAAGUCCUUGUCUUUCUAGAUGACCUCAUAGUGUUUUCAGAAACACUCGAACAACAUGAAACCCGACUUCUCCAUGUACUCAAUCGUCUCAAAGAAUAUGGCCUAAAACUUUCCCUUGAAAAAUGCAUGUUUUUCCAAACAUCCAUGAAGUACUUGGGCCACAUCGUUUCCCAACAUGGUGUUGAAACAGACCCUGAGAAAGUUAACGCUUUAAAAACAUGGCCAAGUCCCAAAAGUUUGAAAGAGCUACGUUCUUUCCUCAAACGGUCCUCUGAGGAUGCCAUCUGCUCUGCCCUCCACUUGGCCCUCACCCACCUGGAGAGAAGGGACUCGUAUGUGAGAUUGCUGUUUGUGGACUUCAGUUCUGCCUUCAACACCAUUGUGCCACAACGCCUCAUCAGCAAACUUGACAAGCUGGGCCUCAGUACCUACUGUGGUGAAUUCUCUUCGAUAGUCAGCUGGUCUUCCAAACAAAAUGGGGAAAAAGUGGCUGGCUUGGGGAAGGAAAAGUUCAGUCACACAUGGCUGAUUGGGGAAAGAUUUUAUUCAACCGAUGUCAGAGAGAAGUGUCUCGCGCCCUAGCCAAGAUGUCGAGUUCCUUUGUCUACCCUCGCCUUAAAAUUUAUACUCUUGCGCUUCCCUCCACGCGGGAGCGCGCAGAUGGGGCUGUUGGCUGACCUAUGACCCCACAGUCGCCUCCCUAUCUCUACCCGGUGUGUAUCUUAGCAGUUGUUAAUGGAAACCAGAUGUGUCUGGCGCCAAUGAGUCUACCUUCCUGGACCAAGCCCCAAACAAUCCCACACGAACCUGACCCGAACAUGACCCGGUCACACUUAGGCUUACUAGUGAGAUAAACAUUGUAUGAUACCAGAAUAAAAAUACACAACACUACCUCUGCAACUGGCUACUGGACUUCCUCUGUCAGAGGCCACAGGUGGUACGUGUUGGCGACAAAAUCUCCGCCAGCAUCACGCUGAGCACGGGGGCCCCCCAAGGCUGCGUGCUCAGUCCACUGCUCUUCA